GACCAUUGCUUCGAUUAAAGAAAGAAACAAUUGUGUUGCCACAAUUAAUUAGGCGCCCGCUUUUUCUUUCGAGUUUGCAAUCAUAGGGGCGGGAGUAGCACUAUUUGCUUUAGAAAUUAGGUAUAUCAUUAGUUCAAUUUAGGGAUAAAACUUGAAGUACGUGAAGGCUAGUUAUUUAUCAAUUUUUCUUUAAGUUUCAACCUAUAAGGGGUAGACACUUCACCAUGCAACGGGUCCAGAGGAUCGCUUUGAAUUGUCUUACUACCGCAGGUUAUUCCAACUUGCGGGUGUCGCGGCGUCUUUUUAAGAGUGACAUGCCGUACAAUAUGGACAUGGCAAAUACUGCGCACGGGAGCACGCAUUUACGCGACGCAGCAAUCCAAUCCGCUGCGGAGGAAGUCGCUGCAGGACAGUAUGCAGAGAACAAACCGCGGGCUAUUAUGUUUGUGAAUAAGCGCCCCGUGGAGAUUAUUCCUCAGGAGGAGAACCUGCUUGAGGUGCUGGAGCGGGAGGGCAUUCGUGUUCCCAAGUUUUGCUAUCACCCUCUCUUGUCAGUCGCGGGCAACUGCCGUAUGUGUAUGGUGCAGGUGGACGGCACACAGAACCUAGUUGUAGCGUGCUCAACUGUAGUGUUGCCUGGUAUGUCCAUCAUCACGGACAGUCGCCUCGUGCGCGACGCUCGUGAGGGCAAUGUGGAGCUGAUCUUAAUCAACCACCCCAAUGACUGUCCUAUCUGCGAGCAGGCCACCAACUGUGACCUUCAAAAUGUGACCAUGAACUAUGGUACAAGUAUUCCGCGUUAUCGAGACGACAAAAAGGCCGUGGAGGACUUCUACUUUGAUCCACAAACGCGCGUUGUACUGAAUCGUUGCAUCCAUUGCACACGGUGCAUUCGUUUCCUAAACGAGCAUGCCCAGGACUUUAACCUUGGGCAAAUUGGUCGUGGUGGCCUCAGUGAAAUUUCCACUUUCUUGGAUGAGCUGGAGGUAAAAACGGAUCACAAUAUGCCGGUCUCGCAGUUGUGUCCAGUAGGCAGCCUGUACAUGGGUGAUGCGGACGAAAAUAAUGAAAUCGCACAGGAAUUAGAAGAGGCUUAG